AUGUCCCUGCUUGAAUCUCGCGUCUGGUGGCGGAAAUAUAUGGGCGAACACACUUACGUGGGUCUUGUCCUGGUCGGUAGCAUAGGCGUUGCAUGCCUGGUUUGUCUGAUGAUAUACGCCCUCGAUAGAUCUGUCAACUACGGUGGCUGCUUCAUGGGCAUCAACCACUGCCCGUUGGACAGCUCUGUGCUGGCGGAUCCGAACCCAUGGAUCGUCUCCGCGAUCAUGCUAGGUGCCGCCCUUGCUACCGGCACUUUCCUAGGUCUAGCUCCGGCUAGGUUUAGAGAUCCAGUUCAAGGUGGCGGUUUGAUAAACACGCGCGUGUCCAUCACGAACGGUCAUGUUAUACCUUUCUGCGUCAUCCCUCUAAGAAUCAUUCUCGCAACCAUCAUUGUGGCUGGAGGCUUUCCUAUGGGGCUAGAGGGCCCAGCUGUGCAUAUCGCCGCGGCUACGGCAUCAGUUGCGCUGAUCAUGUGGUAG